AUGUAUAUAGCACCCAAUCAUUACUUGUCAGCAUACCGCAAUCUCAAACGCACGUCGCUCUCGCAUUCAACCUGUAAGCUAGUGAUAUUUGUAUCAUGCUUGGACGUCGACUCGCUUUGCGCGGCCAAGAUGCUCCUGGUGCUAUUCAAAAAGGAGCUCGUCCAGUAUCAGCUCCUUCCCGUGGUGGGCUACAAGGACCUCAAACUGCACUACGAGAGGCUAGAUUCAGACGUGGCCAACGUGAUUUUGAUAGGGUGCGGAGCCAUGUUGGACGUGGAGAACUUUUUGAACAUCAACCCCGAGGAAUUGUUGGAUGCAAGUGCCUCGGGCACCGUGCGAGACGUCGACAAUUUAGACUUGGAAAAACGAGAAGCUGAGUUUACGAGGAAGAUCUAUAUUAUCGACGGGAACCGGCCGUGGAACUUGGAUAAUUUGUUUGGGUCGGAUGUUGUUGUUUGUUUGGAUGAUGGUUAUGUUGAUGGUCAUUUGCAAGAAGAGAAGAAAGCAUACGAGGCGUUGGUGGCGGAGGAAGAUGAGUCCGAUUCUGACCCAAGCAACGACGACGAGGACGACGAAGAUGAAGUGCCUGAAACUGACGAGGAGGAUGUGGAUACCGAUGAAGACGAGCCAGCAGAAGAGCUGGCUGAGAACAACUCCGACAACUCCGACGGGUCAAUUUUGAGAAAGAGGAAGCUCCAGGAACGCCUGUCGAAACAGUUGAAGAAACAGCGACGUCAGCGGAAAUCUGCAAGCGAGGAUAUAAUCCAGGCAUACUACAACCAAGGAUCCACUGUAGGGACAUCCAACACAAUCACCGUAUACGCAUUGCUCACGGCCAUUGGUGAAACCAACUUGGAAAGCUUGUGGAUCGCCAUUAUUGGAACUUCUUCUUUGGACAGCCACUAUCCAGAGAUUUACGACAAACUUCAGCCAUUGCUCAAGGAGGAAGUCAUGAGACUCAAUCCGCGCCACGAGUCCUCCAACAAAAAGCGAGCUGACCAAACAAUGCUCCGGAUCGAACGAGAUUACCACUUGUUUCUUUUGCGGCACUGGACGUUGUACGACUCCUUCUUCUACUCAAGCCACGUCAAUUCAAAGCUUAAUUUGUGGACCGACGACGGCAAGAAGCGGCUACAUAAGCUAUUUGCGAAAAUGGGGGUAUCGCUUGCCGUUGCGCAGCAGAAAUGGCUCUACAUGGACAUCAAAGUCAAGCGGCAACUACCAAUCAUUUUCCGGCGGUACUUGCCCAUCUAUGGGCUUGAAGGUAUAGUGCGCGAAGGGUUUGUCAAAACCUACGGGUACUCGGGACAGCUUUCAGCCAUGGAGUGCGUGGAAGCACUCAGUGCAUUACUAGAACUCGAUGAAAAAUUCAUUCAGGACUCAUCCAAGAUAAACGAAGAAGAUAAUAGACUUAUAGAUAGCGAGGAAGAGAGGAUCCGAAGACGAAUGCAGAGAAAGGAGUCGUCAUGGUUGAAGAAUUUCUGGUCAUCUUGGGAUGCAUUGAACAUCAACAAGUCGCUUGCUCCCACUAACAACAGCAGCAUCAGCGGCACCAACACGGCGGCACAUUCCUCGUUUGACAAACUCAAGGGAAGCGAUUUGCUCUUUAAAGGUUUAGACUACGCCAAGAACUUACAGCAGGUUACAUUUCGAACCGGUAUGUCACUACUCGAGCGGAAAAUGAUCAAAAACUUGAAAUUAUACCGUCUUUGCGUUUUGAACGAUGGUGCCGUACCCGACUUGGAGAUAUUCAUCAACCCACUUAUCCUCUCCAAGCUUGGGUCAUGGCUCAUUGAAAACUUGGCCGAACUCGAUUUCAUAAACGGUACCAACUCGCUCAAGCCUUUGGUAGUGGCAAGUCUUGACUCGGCAAGCGACACUUAUCUUGUCAUUGGCAUGGCUCCACGGUACCCGCGCGGAAUGUCGGCUUCGGAAAAGGCCAAGUUGUUGCAAGAGCAAGACAAUGAGCGAAUCACUGCCGAUUCCAUGACGACGCGGUUGAAUAAGUUUAGUGUUGCGUUCCUGCAACUAUCGCAAACCUCGGGAGCCAAAGUGCGAGUCGACAGUUUUGACUCAUCGGUAAUUGAGAUUAGAAAAGACGAUUUGCCUCCCUUUUUGGAGAAGUUGACUUUGAGUGGGUUGAUAUAG